AUGGAAACCCUCCUCUCCCACUCUUUCGACUACCUCUCGUCAACAGCGCCUCAGAAAAUACGGAAAGGACUGCGGCAGGUGGAAGGACUGCUUGCACAACUAUGCCUCUCCAAGGCCGCCUCACUUGACCGACGGCACUCAAUGUUGCCCCUGGGGUCGCUUGCUCCGCACUCGGGGAAGAAACUGUGCGAACUGCCCGAAGACCCGGCUUUCCGAGAGUUCUUCAAAUUGCAGCAGAGCUUCCAAUGGAACAUUGCCAUGAGACUGGUCGCCUGCCUCGAGCGACUGCUGGGGAAAGAGAGCAAUGGCACAAACGAUCUGUUGGUGAUCCAAACAUUAGAUCUCAUCCAGGGCGUCCUGCUGCUGCACCCGCCUUCACGGGCACUCUUCAGUCAAGAAGUUUAUAUGAAUCUGUUCCUUGACCUUUUAGACCCGUCGAACUGUCCUGCGAUCCAAUCUUCGACAAUCAUGGCUCUCGUCACAUCUCUUCUUGAUCAACCACAAAAUACACGAACGUUCGAAACGAUUGAUGGCUUACUGGUUGUGACUUCUCUCUUCAAAUCCCGCAGCACAUCGCGCGAAGUGAAGCUCAAACUCGUCGAGUUUUUGUACUUUUAUCUCAUGCCCGAAACGCCUGCCGCGAAACUGUCGGCGUCGACGUCCGCAACCAAUACCGCCAUCCUGGGUGGCCGAGGAAAAGAGUUGAUCGCAGCUUUCGAUCGAAGGCGAGAGACGGUGAAUGGUGCGGAGGGGGGACAAGGCGUCGGCGUCAACACCAAGACCACUGAAGAGAAGCAGAAGAUGCUUGGAAAGUACCUUGCAAACGUGCAGGAUCUGGUGGAGGAUCUGAAGGAAGGAGGCGGUGUCUUCGGCGUGGGAGCAGUGUAA